GUGUCGCUUGUUUGCCGGGGAGCUGACAAAGCCGGGGAGUCCCUGCUUUGGAAUCACCACAAGCAAACUUUCCACGAGGUCGGCAGGAUGGCUUGCUUGGCCGACAGCUGCAUCCAGUUCACGCGUCAUGCCAGCGACGUCCUGCUCAACCUGAACCGCCUCCGAAGCCGGGACAUCCUCACUGACGUGACCAUUCUGGUCAGCAGGCAGCAGUUCCGGGCGCACAAGACCGUCCUCAUGGCUUGCAGCGGGCUGUUUUACACCAUCUUCACCGACUCGCACAAGUGCAACCUCAACGCCAUCAGCCUGGACCCCAAGGUGGAUCCAGAGGGCUUUGCAAUCCUGCUGGACUUCAUGUACACGUCCAGGCUGGCACUCAGGGAGAGUCUGAUCAUGGCCAUCAUGAACACUGCCGUCUACCUGCAGAUGGACCAUGUGGUGGAUACCUGCCACCGUUUCAUCAAGUCCAGUGAUCCAACCGGUAAGCUUCCCAGAGACGAGUUCCUGGUGAGCCCUCUGGUGAUGCCCCAGGACGUCCAUGCGUACCGGCCCCACGACGUGGUGGACGCUUUACACGGCCGCGUAGCUCCCUUUAGGGACGCGCGGCCGACGUAUAGCUCGGGCAUGCUCAACGGCGUCACCACACCUGGCAACUACCAUCUCUACGGGCAGUUCCCUAUGCCGGGGUUCCCCUUCCCUCUCUGCAAGUUAACGGAUGCCAAGAACGCCUUUGGCGACCUGUCAAGGAGCGGGAUCCACCACAAGCACCCGCACGAUGCCGCCGCAGUCAGCAGGGCCGAGUACGCCCGAGCGGUGGGUUCCUCUAGCGUCUUGCAUGCCGCCAACUUCGUCCCCAGGGAAGUGGGGAGGGAGGACGAGGUGAAGAAGGAAAGCCACGAAGGGUUCGGGCUACAGAUAGGCCUCGGUGGGAGGAAGAGGGUCUACCCUGUGUUGACCCUGGACCACCACAAAGACAAAGAGCACGCCCCGCCAGCCGAGGAGGACCUGAUCCAUCACCACUACCCCCUCGGGAUCUCCUCCGCUGGGCGCAAGAGUCUCAUGAGCAGCCCACAGAGCCCCCUCAAAUCAGACUGUCAGCCCAAUUCACCAACAGAGUCCAGCAGCAGCAAGAACGCCGGACUCUCGCAAGCUGCUUCGGGGGCGCAGCAGUCAGCAUCGGGAACACAGGACCCCAAAGCUCGCAACUGGAAGAAGUACAAAUUCAUUGUGCUUAACCAAAGCGCUAGGGAGGACGAGGCCAGCCUGCGGGACACCGGGCUGUGCUCGCCUCAGCGCGUAGGCCUGCAGCCGUACCUCCACCCCGGGGACUCUGAUAACCUGGAGGCGCAAAGCACACGCAAGAGCGUCGAGGAUCAUCCCAUGCCGCAAAGUAGCCGACUCAACAACAUCAUCAGCAGUGCACUAGAUGGAUCCCUGAGGAACGUUGAGGGCCAGCACCCGUCGCGGUACCUGAACCGCCUCAACUGCUCGUCGUGCGGUGCUCAGUCCCCGCAGCACUCGGAAAUCUGCCCUUCGCGGUCGCGGCUGGGCGAGGACAUAACCGAAAUGCACUCUGAGUACUCAGACUCCAGUUGCGAAAACAGCACCUUCUUCUGCAACGAGUGCGACUCCAAGUUUGCCGAGGAGGAAGCGCUGAAGCAGCACUCGCUUCAAGUGCACAGCGACAAGCCCUACAAGUGUGACCGUUGUCAGGCCGCCUUCCGCUACAAGGGCAACCUCGCUAGCCACAAGACCGUCCACACAGGCGAGAAGCCGUAUCGCUGUAACAUCUGUGGUGCUCAGUUCAACCGACCAGCCAACCUCAAGACUCACACUCGCAUCCACUCAGGAGAGAAGCCAUACAAAUGUGAGACGUGCGGUGCUCGCUUCGUACAGGUUGCCCACCUCCGAGCCCACGUAUUAAUCCACACAGGAGAGAAACCGUACCCCUGCGAGAUCUGCGGGACUCGUUUCCGCCACCUGCAGACCCUUAAGAGCCACUUGCGCAUACACACCGGCGAGAAGCCCUAUCACUGUGAGAAAUGCAACCUGCACUUCCGCCACAAGAGUCAGCUUCGUCUACACCUGCGGCAGAAGCACGGUGCCAUCACCAACACCAAAAUCCAGUACCGUGUUUCCACUGACACCAUGCCCACAGACCUCACUAAGGCUUGUUGA